AUGCCGGGACGGUUUAGAGAUCACAUUAAAGAAGCUCCGAAUCCUCCUCUCAAGUGGCCGUGGUUUCUGGCUAUGGCUUUUCUCGUCUAUGCAUGGAGAGCCGUUCUAUUUGAACUGUCAAACUGGAAGAAUGCUGCAUUUGGAAUUGUUCGAUUCAUAGGAUAUGUCUUCAAAUAUGUCUUUGCUUUACUCUAUCGAUUCAUAGGAAAUCCAAUCACUUGUACAAUCAGAUCCAUUGAGGAUUUGAUUUACGGCAUUCAAGCUUUUUACUCUUGGAUAAUUACUAGUGCCCCUGUACCAGACCUGACCAUUGUUAUCUUCUUCGCAUCCGUUGUUUUAGCUAUUGCUGAAACUACUGUUCCUAAUUGCAUUAGAAAUCCCUCCGCCUUCUUCCUCUCCUCACGCCCAUAUCACCUCACAAACCCACCUAAUUCCCUUUUCUUCUUCCUAAUCGCGCACGUCAUAUCCCACCCACUUCAUUCUCUUCUUCCAUUUUUUAUCAUAGCCACAACAAACUUCACUUAUCUUCUUUCAGAACCCAAACGCCAUGCUUUGCUUUACAAGAAUGUCCGCGCCAGACAUCAAAGAACUCUUCAAGGAAUGCGGAACCGUAACCGAUGUCGAGAUUGUAAAAAGGAAAGAUGGGAAGGGAAAAGGCAGGAUAAUAAGGGUAGAGUUUUCAAAGAGUUUCAAGAAACCUUCUCCUCCACCUCCUCCAGUCACCCCUCCAAUUCCCACAAGCCAAAACCCCAUCUCCAUGCUAACUUCCGAUACACCAUCUUCACAGCUCAACUCACAACACCCUUUCCAGCCGCGGAACCACCCUUCAACAACAACCAACAUCCGGCCACUGUGACCAACACACCACCAACUUACCUUCCGCGAACUGCUCUACACCAGCCACCACGCCGGACCAACCAUGCACAUGCCCUCUCCGCGAUCUCGGACGACAUGACUGCUCAUCACCCAGACGCUGCAAAGUCCGGCCGCCUCCACGGUGAAGGUUCAGAUUUCCUUUUGCUUCUUUUAUUUUUCUUUUUCACAAUUUAUUGUUUAUCGCGUUUGAUUUUGAAAAAGUGA